AAUGUCAAUGAAUUCUGUUGUCACAGAAGCGAUUCAUUGUUUUGUUGUUUUCUCCUAAAUCCCGUUGUUCAUCAUCAGCCGUUCUACAUUCAGCUCGGUUAGUUUUAAAUGAUUUGCGCGGAGUGAUCAAACACGACUUGAUGUGAAGUGGUUCGACAGUGUUCUAGAAAACAAUGGGGAUAUUCGGGAACUCAUCGCCUUUCGACCAAGAUGUCGAGAAGGCGACAAACGAGAACAACUCAAGUGAAGACUGGGCGCUGAUCCUAGAGAUCUGCGACCGCGCGGGCGCCGGGGCUACUGCGUCCAGGGACUGCCUCCGCGCCGUCACUAGGCGAUUGGCCCACACUGACCCUCAUGUGCAACUAAAGGCCGCGACCCUCCUCGAUGCGUGCGUCUCCAACUGCGGCCGCAAUUUCCUCCUAGAGGUCGCCUCUCGCGACUUUCUGCACGAGUUCCGUCGCCUGUUAGCUCGCGCUCAACCGCCUGUUGCGCGCCGACUAAGAGCGCUGUUGAGGAAAUGGGCUGAAAAUGAGUUUAAAGGCGAUCCUCAGUUAGAUCUCGUGCCUUCGCUGUAUUUGAAGCUACGUGUUGAAGGUCACGACUUCGAAACCACCGAGCCUGCCGCGGCCGCCCCCGCGCAGUCCGCCGCGUCGGCGGCCGCGGCGCGCGAGCACGACGAGCUCGCGCGCGCCAUCGAGCUCUCCCUGCGCGAGAGCGGCCAGGGCGCGAGCGGCGCGCUCUACCCCCGGGUCGACGACGCCGCGGCGCCCGCGCCCGCGCCCGCGCCGGUGCCCGCGCCCGCCGCGUCGGCGCCGAGGAAAGUGCGCGCGCUUUAUGAUUUUGAGGCGGCUGAGGACAAUGAGCUGACGUUUUUGGCUGGAGAGAUAGUGUGGGUGACGGACGCGAGCGACCCCAACUGGUGGAAGGGCAGCAACGAGCGCGGCGAGGGGCUCUUCCCCGCCAACUUCGUCAGCGCCGACCUCGAGCCGGCUCCAAAAGCCGAGUCGCGUUCAGGCAAAAGCGUCCAAUUCGCGACCUCCUCCGGUGCUAUUCAAGAGGAGGAAGAGGAGCCGGAAUUAGACGAAGCGGCGUUAGACGCGGCUCUACUGGCUCUGCACGAGGCCAGCCCUGAAGCCCCGGCUCCGGGGGAGGAAGACCUCGCUAGGCACGAGGCCCGAGCCCUCCGUCAAGCUGGAGUUGUAGACGCAGCGUUGCAGCGCGCCGACGCUCGCCACGCGCGCCUCACGCAGCUCUCCGCAGAACUCGUUGACGCGCUCAACCUGUACCAUCAUCUCAUGAGGGAGCCCCUCAAGCCUUACAACAUACCGCAGCCUCAUAUACCCGGGGUGCCGCCUGGCGUACCACCAGGCGUGCCGGGGCCAGGGCCAGGGCCAGGCCCGGCGCUGCCGCCGCACCUGCAGCAGCUGCACUACUUCCCGCCCCCGCCGCCCGGCGCGCACGCGCACGCGCACCUCCCGCCCGGCGCGCAGCCGCCGCAGCCCAGGUGCUGAGACCCCGGCCGCGUUGUUACGAUUUUACUUUACCGACUAUUGUUAAUCUUGUACCCGUAUUUAUUUCAAGUCGCACGUUAGUCGCAAAUCGCAUUCCGUGCCUCCGCGCACUGAUUGUACCUUAAAGGGUUAGGUUAGUUAAAAAAAUGUAUAUGAGACUAUUCGGAUGUAUUUAUGACAGUUCCUGAUAUAUCGUUUUUUUUUUAAAUGUCGGUGGUAGCAGAGCUGUGGCUGCCUAUUUGUCAAAUUUUAGACAACUUUAAGGUAAUUGUCAACGGAUCACUGCCUCUUGCAGUCUGUUUUGAAAUUACGCAGUUAGGCACUGGUCCCACCGCGAGCUGGUAAACUAUGAGCUAUGGCUAUAAAAACGAACAGAAGAUAAUCACUCCCGUGUAAAUAAAAGAGAUAUGGUGAAGUUUAUUGUUACUCGCCCAGCGGUGAACUAUCAAUAUCGCCGUGUCUCUUUUAUUUGCACGGGAGUGCUCAUCUUUUGUUUGUUUUUAUAGCUGAUAACUUAUGUCAUACUAGCUCGCGGUGGGACCAGUGCCUUAGAUAUCUAAAGAAUAACGAUGACAAAUGCUGGCUAUAAAUUCAUUCGAAUAAAGCUAUUUUAUUUCCCGUGUAAGAAAUAUUAGAGAUUAUAUUUAAAUUGUCGGAGUUGUUGAUGGAAAUAUUUUAAUCGAAAUUUGUCUGUAAGCAAGUUUGUGUAUAAUAAUGGACAUGCAAUAAAAGACUAUCAUUA